UACUUUUCUUGUAUAAUUCAUCAAAGUUUCAACUUAGUUCAUUCACCAAUCUCUAUUUUUUUUGUACUUCAAUUGCCUAUUGGCAUUCACUAAGAAAAUGGCCAAUUAUGGCAUUUUGGCAUUGGGAUAUAUAAUUGGUUUGUGUACACUUUUCUCAAGUGCAAAUGGUUUCUCAGCAGAUUCUGGAUGGACAAGUGCUCAUGCUACAUUUUAUGGUGGAGCUGAUGCUUCUGGCACAAUGGGGGGUGCAUGUGGAUAUGGCAAUUUGUAUUCAACAGGAUAUGGAACUAGAACAGCAGCAUUGAGCACAGCAUUGUUCAAUGAUGGAGGAUCAUGUGGCCAAUGCUACAAGAUCAUCUGUGAUUACAAAGCAGGUCCUCAAUGGUGCAAGAAGGGAGUAUCUGUUACUAUUACUGCUACAAAUUUUUGUCCACCAAAUUACAAUCUUCCUAGUAACAAUGGUGGAUGGUGUAACCCUCCUAGACCACAUUUUGAUAUGGCUCAACCUGCUUGGGAAAAGAUUGGUAUAUACAAAGGUGGCAUUGUUCCUGUUCUCUACAAAAGGGUACCUUGCAAGAAGCAUGGGGGAGUUAAAUUCACAAUAAAUGGAAGGGACUAUUUUGAACUAGUGUUGGUAACCAAUGUAGCAGGGGCAGGAUCAGUUCAAUCAGUUCAAAUCAAAGGGUCAAACACAAAUUGGCUAACCAUGUCAAGAAAUUGGGGAGCAAGUUGGCAAUCCAAUGCAUAUCUUGAUGGACAAUCAAUAUCUUUUAAGGUCACUACAACUGAUGGUGUCACAAAAACAUUCUUAAAUGUUGUUCCAUCUAGUUGGAAAUUUGGACAGACAUUCUCAAGUCACACUCAAUUCUGAUCAUAUACAACAACGAAUACGUUCUUAAUCAGAGUUCUUGGAUUUAAAGGGCAGGGGCGGGCUUACUAUUAUUAACAAAGCAGCCCGCCCAAUUAUUUUUCGCGUUUAUUCAGAUAUAUAUAAUAUUUGAUUAUUGAGGAGUUGUUGGUAAAGAGUAAGCCCAUGAACUAUAGUUCAAAUAAAGCUGACGAAAAACAUAAAUCAAUUAUUGGUGCAAGUAGGGUAGUCUUUAAAAUGUAUUUUACUAUUUUGAAGGGUGAAUAAGACAAUUUGUCUAGCCGCAUCAAUUAUACUUUCAAUUUGC